CACCACAGGGACACCCCACUCACCAUCUGUGGAGGUGUAGAGAGCUCCUCACAACUCCAACACUUAGCUAAGUGAGGCAAUUAAAGGUCCACAGAAGUGUGUCUGCAGCGCCUUCGGCAGCUAAACAGAACGGCAGGUUGGCUGUGUCAGUAGCAGUGUUGGAGGGGAGCAGCAGAAGGAGGUGCAGCAGGCCAGGACGGCGCGCGGAAACGUUGGCGGGGUCACGGCGGUGUGUGGGGGGCGGCGAGGGUCGCGGGGGGUCGGCGAGGAUUUUCAGUAGCCCGAUGGCGCUGGUGCCUCGCCUGACCCUCCUGCUGGUGGCCCUGUGUACGCUGCUCGCGCCAUGCCUCGCCGCCAACCACGUCUUCACCAACGACUUCAUCGUCAAGAUACAAGGCGGCGACAACGAGCUCGCACAUCGGGUCGCCCGGAGGAACGGCUUCAUUAACCGAGGACCGGUGGUGGGGUCGACGGAUGAGUUUCACUUCGUACACAACGCCAUUCCUCACGCACGUACCAAGCGCAGCAUCCUACAUACACGGAAACUCAAGGCCGAUCCUCAAGUUCACUCUGCAUUCCAGCAGCUCGGAUUCCGGCGGGUGAAGCGGGGCUACAAGCCACUGAAAGUUGAGAAUCUCGUCCCCCUACAGAGCAUUCAGUCGGACCGGGAUCCGACGGACCCUUACUUCGACUACCAGUGGUAUCUGAAAAACACCGGGCAAAAUGGCGGAAAACCCCGUCUGGACCUCAACGUGGAAGCGGCGUGGGCUCAGGGCUUCACAGGGCGCAACGUGACUACUGCCAUUAUGGACGACGGAAUUGACUACAUGCACCCGGACCUCCGUCACAAUUAUAAUGCUCGGGCGAGUUGGGAUUUCAGUAGCAACGACCCUUAUCCCUACCCACGGUACACCGACGACUGGUUCAACAGCCACGGUACGAGGUGUGCUGGCGAGGUCUCUGCGGCCCGUGACAAUGGGGUUUGUGGCGUCGGCAUUGCGUACGAUUCUCUGGUUGCAGGAAUUCGCAUGUUGGACCAGCCCUACAUGACGGAUCUGAUCGAAGCCAACAGCAUGGGUCAUGAGCCGAACCUCAUACACAUCUACUCGGCCUCAUGGGGUCCUACUGACGAUGGCAAGACCGUGGACGGACCGAGGAACGCUACCAUGAAGGCAAUUGUGAGGGGAGUCAAUGAGGGUCGCAACGGCCUCGGGAACAUCUACGUGUGGGCUUCCGGCGACGGAGGCGAGGACGACGACUGCAACUGCGACGGCUACGCGGCCUCCAUGUGGACCAUCUCCAUCAACUCGGCCAUUAACGACGGCUCCAACGCGCACUACGACGAGUCCUGCUCCUCCACCCUCGCCUCCACCUUCAGCAACGGAGCCAAGGACCCCAGCACAGGCGUGGCUACAACGGACCUCUACGGAAAGUGCACGAAGACCCACUCAGGUACCUCCGCAGCCGCUCCUGAGGCUGCAGGUGUCUUCGCUCUCGCCCUGGAAGCCAACCCCAACCUGACCUGGCGAGACAUCCAGCACCUGACAGUCCUCACCAGCAAGAGGAACUCGCUCUUCGACGCCAAGCACCGCUACGACUGGCACAUGAAUGGCGUUGGUCUGGAAUUCAACCAUCUGUUCGGCUUCGGUGUGCUGGACGCGGGCGCCAUGGUGGCUCUGGCCCGCGACUGGGUCACCGUCCCGCCGAGGUACCACUGCCAGGCCGGGAUCUACCAGACACCCAGGAAGAUCAGCGUGAACGAGACCAUCGAAAUCAAGAUUGAGACGGACGCCUGUGCCUGGAGCGACACCGAAGUCAACUACCUGGAACACGUGCAGGCGGUGAUCACCCUCAACGCCAGCAGACGCGGGGACGUGGAGCUCUUCAUCGUUUCGCCGAUGGACACAAAGUCCAUGAUCCUGAGCAGGCGACCGAAUGACGACGACUCACGAGACGGUUUUACGAAGUGGCCCUUCAUGACGACUCACACCUGGGCCGAAAAUCCCCGGGGCACGUGGAGGCUCAUGGCGCGCCUGAACAGCGAGACGGCCGAGGAAGGCUGGAUCAAGGAAUGGACUCUAAUGCUCCACGGCACCCGCGAGGAGCCGUACGCCCACCUCCCCGUCAAGGACCCCCACUCGAAACUCGCCAUUGUAAAGAAAGCGCAUCAGGACAAGAAGAUUUAGGAACACACCAAGAUUACUUGCUUGAAGAAUCAUAUUUUUUUGAGAGAGAGAGAGAAGAAGAAGAAGAAGAAGAAAGAAAAAAGAAAAGAAAAGAUAUAUAUAUUAUGAUCUGUUAUAUUAUAACUCCCUGACGACCAGAUCAAAAGAAGGGAAAACAAGGAACAAAAUAUGAAUUUAAAAAAUAUAUGUACUGUAUUGAUUUCAAUAAUUGGGUACUGGAAAAAAAUCAUAAGUUUGAAAAAAAAAAAUAUGUAUAUGAUGAUAAUAUAGAGGAUUAAGAGUAAUACCCCCAAAAAUAAUAUGAAAUCUCACUAACGAUCAGGGUGACUCAACAGGCAUUAUAGACGGUUGAUAACACUUAAUUUCUUCCCCUACCUCUCUUUCCUCUUCCCUUUCUUCCUCUGUUUCUCCGAGGGUGCUGGUCCCAACCAAGCCUAGUGCGUGCUAGGCCCCACUGAAUUAGCCCCCAGCCCUACUCCAGUGGGGCCUUCGCUAGCAGGGACCUCCAUGGGCCUCGUCUCCUGAUGCUUCCGUUUUCUGUGUCCUGUGUCAACCGCUGAGAAAUACGCCGCCUCUCGGUUAUAGAAUGGAGAUCAGUUUUUAGUAUAGAGGUAUAAAAAAAUAAGUAAAAAUCAAUAAAAAAAGGAAGACAAAAAUCCUGUUUUAUUUUUGGAUUUUAGAUGAGAAUGCUCUGUUAGUGCAGUAUGAAUAUAUACAUAUAUAUAUAUAAAUACAUAUAAAUGAAUAGUCAUUCCUCGUUAUCGUCAUGUUGAAACGUUCUCUUGAUGU